CCGUUCACAAAGUCCUCUGGCUUGGGGGAGACAGGCAACAGUCCCAAGGAAGGGGGCUGCUGAGGAGCUUUGGGCCCAGCAGAGUGGAAGCAGCAUGUUCAUUACAGUGAGAUAUAGAGCCGACUGCCAAGAGAUUGUGAAUGUGAACUGCCGGGUCCUGAGCCUCACCAUGCACCUGAAGAAGAAAUGCCAGUGCAGGCCAGAAGAUUGCAUUGAUCUUCUGGAUGAAUCGGGGACCCUGAUGAACCUGAGCGAAGUGAAAAGUCCUGCAUCUGAGCUGGCCAGUAAAUACCUACAGGAGAGGCAGCACUACAUCCUCAUCAGAGUCAUUCGAGGAGAAGGCUCGGAAUUAACCUACUACGAAUCUCUGCUGGAGAAUCUGGAAAACCACCACCCUGAGCUGGCAGAGCGGCUGCAGAAGUUACCGGCAUACCCUCAGCUGAAGGACAACAUGAGGAGGAGUUCCAUGCAGAGAAAGUUUCGCCCACUUAAGGAACCACUCCUGGACUCCCCAGCCAAAGUCAGAAGCACACAGCAGAGUAAGAAAGGCUCUGCUCUCUCCAGCAGGCCCACCUAGGUAGGGUAUUAUCCCUUGCGGGAACAAGGCCUCCAACAGUUUGGAAGCAUUUUCCACAGAACCUACACAGGGUCAAAGUAAGAUAGCCAGGUGUAGUCAAACUGUAAGGCAGUAUACAAGAGGCCACUGCUUUAUAAGCAGCACACCAUCCUCCUCAAAGCCAGACAACCAUAAUCAGAAACCCCCAGCACCUUUUUAAA